AUGAUUCGUGGUGAAUUAGCCGCAACAAAUUGGUCCUAUUUCGACUUGAAGUGGGAAGGACGUUUGAGGAUAAUUCUGGAAUCAGUUAUUGGUGAUGCGGAUCUUUAUCUUUCUUACACAAGGAAGCGUCCUGGAAUAAAAGUGCAUGAGCAUGAUAUGCUGUCGAUGACGUGUGGGUUGGAUGUGCUUGAUGUGCCGCAAUCGGUUAAGCGACCCUUACAUCUUGGGAUUUAUGGACAUCCAUCGAAGAGUGAAACGUCUUACAAGAUGUUACUUGUGAUGGUGCAAAAACAAGAUGGUGAAUUUGAAGACGAUCUUAAUGUAUCACCGGAAUUAAUUGAAUUAUUCGGAGAUGAUCUGCAAACGGACGAUUAUAAAUUCACUUUCAAAGAAACUCUCUUCACUAUUCUGCGGUUCUUUUUUGAAGUGCUAAUCGAGAUACUUGCAUGA